UUUGAAAUAAACCAGACAUAAAAGUGUAAUAAAAACGUUGAAGAAUAAGCAUAAUUGAUAAAUCAUUUUGUGUGUGUUAAAAAAAUAAUCAUGAUUAACAUAAUUACACUUAUACAUAAUAAAUAUAAGUACAUUAUUACAUGCAAACAUUGUCUGUAGAUUUAAUUCGAAGAAAUUUCUUAAAUUCGUGAGAAAUUUGAAGCUUUUUAUUUGAGCUGCAGUUUCUAGACGAUAUGUGGCGCUUUGAAUGCAGUAAAUCUAGUCAUUCUUCACGAGAUAAAUAGAGUUCGCCAUUAAUUGAAAAAUUUCUAAUUUACUUACUGUUUUUCGAAUUGUUAUGUGCGAUAAAAUAUUACAUGUGUAAAUUUUAUAAUUCCUAAUCAUGUAAACAGCAGUAAUGUGUGUGAAAAUGAACAUCUUUCGUUAUUUGUUUGUUGCUGUUAGUUUUUCAGUGAUAAUGGCAGAAGAAGUUCCCAAAAUUAAGCCAUUUUCAUUUCAAGGAAAAGUAACAGUAGGUGAUAAAACAAUAGCGACUUGUUUAGUUACAACUACUACAGGAUCCUUACAAUUUAUAUGGUUGAAAGAUGGCCAUGAUAUUGAAUCUAUGAAAGAAGUAAAGGUGAAAAAUGAAAAACACUAUUCUCUUAUUUUAAUUGAUCCUGUAUUAAUAACAAGCAAAGGAAAUUACACAUGCAUUGUAAGCAACGAUUUAGGUAAAGAUAGCUACACAACUGAACUUCAAGUCGAAGAUUCUCCUAAAUGGAUUGAAGAACCAAGUGAUACUUCUGCUAUCCUUGAUUCUUCUAUAACGUUGAUAUGCAAUGCAUCUGGUUCUCCAAAACCACGAAUUACCUGGGAAAAAUUUACAGGUCCGAAUUUAAAUAUUUAUACUAGAUUAUUUAAUAAAAUAUUUUAAAAUAUUAGUAAAAAUAUAUUACAGAUAGUUCAAGAAAAGAAAAGAAAUAUUUAUCUGAAAAUCAGACUUUAAUUUUGUCAAAAAUAAAAGCUGAUGAUGCUGGAGAAUAUUUAUGUACUGUGGAUAAUAAAGUA